AUUUAAAGCAUGCCAUGCAAUUUAUUCAUGUGCCAUGUCAUUUAAAAAUUGUCAUGUAAGAUGACACAUGUCAACUUCUUGAAGACAUGAGUCUCAAAUAUUAUACUAAAGAAAAUAGGAUAGGAUGGCUGCGCUAGACAUGUGCCAGUCGUGUAAUUCACUACCAACGUUCGCUGAUAUAACAUGAGAUAUUAUAUAGGAGAUGGGAUCCAUCCACAAUGGCCAGUGUUCAUGAAAAUCAUCACGUGUGCGACAAAUCCAGAGAUGGUAUUGUUUGUGCAGAAACAAAAGUCGAUCGCCACGGAAAGAUGUGGAGCAUGGUUGGGGCCCGUACGGACUCUCCUCUUCUCCGCGUCGAAUAUUUCGUCCCCAUCCUCACGGCCGCCGGAACGGCCGGGUUUCACUCCGAGAAUCCCGGAGCUGGAUUUGCGGAAAGCGUUUGUAUCAAAAUGGCGGGCAUCAGUAGCGGGCUGCCCGCCGCUUAACCGGCGGGAACCCACAGAGCGUGUAACCUUCGGGUGUAGAAGCACCAGAAGAAGAAGAAGAGAGAAGAAGAAGAUGGCGAAGCUCAUCUUAUGUUUCUUGGUACAACACAACCGCCUCAUAGUUUCAUGGGAUUUUUAAGUGGCAAUGUUAGGGUGAAUUAAAGUAAGUCCUGUGA